UGGGUCUUUAGCCGUAGACUGUCGCCGCCCACCGGCGCACAUGACCCGGGUCACAUGACGGUAAACUACCCCCCUGCUUCAGACAGACACGGACAGACUGGCUACACGGAGCGAGGCUAGCUGUUAGCUUCACCUGUCCAGACGGCCAAGAUGAGUUUCCUGGGAGGUUUGUUUGGGCCGGUAUGUGAGAUAGAUGUUCUGCUGAACGACGCCGAGAGCAGAAAGACGGCCGAGCUGAAGACAGAAGAUGGAAAAGUGGAAAAACACUACCUGUUCUAUGACGGGGAGUCUGUGUCUGGCAAGGUCAAUCUAAAUGUGAAGCAGGGAGGAAAGCGCCUGGAGCAUCAGGGGAUCCGCAUCGAGUUUGUUGGACAGAUAGAGCUGUUCUCUGAUAAGAGCAACACCCAUGAGUUUGUGGACUUGGUCAAAGAGUUGGCUUUACCCGGAGAACUGACUCAGAACAGAAGCUACGACUUUGAGUUCAUGCAGGUGGAGAAGCCCUACGAGUCCUACACUGGAGCCAACGUCAGGCUAAGAUAUUUUCUCAGGGUGACAAUAGUCCGCCGUCUGUCUGACUUAGUGAAGGAGUACGAGUUGAUCGUCCACCAGUUAGCUACCUACCCAGACGUCAACAACUCAAUCAAGAUGGAGGUCGGCAUAGAGGACUGUCUUCACAUUGAGUUUGAAUACAACAAAUCCAAAUACCACCUCAAGGAUGUGAUCGUAGGGAAGAUUUACUUCCUGUUGGUCAGAAUCAAGAUCCAACACAUGGAGCUACAGCUCAUUAAGAAGGAGAUAACAGGCAUCGGUCCAAGUACUACCACAGAGACAGAGACUGUUGCUAAGUAUGAGAUCAUGGAUGGAGCUCCAGUUAAAGGGGAGUCAAUUCCCAUCAGACUCUUCCUGGCGGGAUAUGACUUGACACCCACCAUGAGGGAUGUCAACAAAAAGUUCUCUGUGCGCUUCUUCCUUAAUCUGGUGCUGGUGGAUGAGGAGGACAGGAGAUACUUUAAACAGCAGGAGAUCGUUUUGUGGAGAAAAGCUCCAGAGAAGCUGAGGAAAAGAAACUUCCACCAGCGCUACGAGUCCCCCGAGCCCCGUACGCAGCCAGUCAACGCAGAGCAGCCGGAGAUGUGAGGGCGAGGACAUGAACUGAGAACACACACAGACACACCACAGCUCCUCACUGCUGAACAGCCAGAGGUGUGCGGGCUGCCCCACGAUCUCCCUGGACUGAGAAACGUCUGUAUACAUGAAUACACAUUACAUACCUUCACCACUUCACAGCUACAGAUGUGAGCUGCCCACCGUCGCCCUGUCCCCCCAGGACCGAUACACACUCGCAUACAGGUGCACACAAAGCAUACAAUCCAAGUCUGCUGAAUGCUAAAUGUCAAGGCAAGAGCGCAAAACAAACCAACCCAAGUCAUGAACAGUGAGGCGACCUGUGCGAUACUUGCGUCUCAGACUGAAAACACACUCAAGCACAUACAAGCCAAGCCAUAUGGUCUCAGUUUGCUGAAUGCGUAAUAAAACUGGAGCGAAGACGGAGAGGAGGAGAUGGCUACAGACCACCGCACCAUUUAUCUCUUUUUCUUCUGCAACAGAAGCUGCUUUUGUUUUCAGACUGGACAGCACUUAUCUUCAACUUUCUCCAGCUUCCUCUCCUCCACAUCUGCUACACAGUGACACUUUCUAGAGUCUGGAUGGGUGAUUGAAAGUAUUCCUGGUAUGGGGGUCUGAAGGAUGUGAGAUACUAAGCUAUGAGUCGGCACACACACGCUCUAUAUUUAUUCACAAUACGGGAGUUUAACUUGUCAUUCGUCGGUUUUGGUGGGAAUUUUUUUUUGUUACUGUAUAUAUGUUACAGCCGCCCACAGGCGUCUCGGUCCCAAAAAAUGGGCGUAAAAGUGCAACUAAUUGUCAUUAGGUCAACAAAUCCAUCUAAUCAUCGAUUUAAUUCCAUUUUUAAUAUUCAGAGCAUAAAACACUUAAGUCUGCAUCUCAUUUCAUUCAACAAAACAUCUAUUCAAGAUGGACAUUAUCAUUUCAGCAGAGCUUACCUUAGAAGUUCUUUUGAUUUAAUUUAUCAUGUGGAGCUGUGACUAAUUGUUAUUCUUUAUUGAUUAAGUCGAAGAGUCUCAAUGAAUUGUUAAUAGUGUCAUAAAUAAUGAAAUGGGUAAAUUCCCAGAGUCCUACAUAGCAUCCACGGAGCUGUUCUCUGAAACCCCAGUGUAUUGAUAUUUACACAAUAGAGAGGAACCCAAACGAGUUCGACUGGUGGAAUAAUGCACUUGUCACUACUUAUAUCAAAGCAUCAUUUAGUCAACAUUUUAGUCUUUUGAUGAGCUUAGUAUUUAAUGCCAGAGUUCAUUGAUACCAUCUGUCAGGUUUCAGGAGGGACUCGUCCACGUGUAUCGAAAAGCUAUGAUUGUUGUGUUUUAUUUUAAAGACCGGUUCACCCAUAUUCCAAAAUGAAAAUAUUUUCUGUGCUUUGAGCACCGCAUAUUAAAUCUGUUGCUUCAUACUGGUUUGAAGAAAGACACAUUAACUGUAUCUGUAAUGUGGGUGAACUCUUACCGUCAGCUCGUUGUGAAAUCGGUCAAAAUCUGCUGAGAAAUACUCUAACGUCAUUCACUAAACUUCAAAGCUUAACUAAGGCCGGUAGUUGUUACAUUAACCUGAGAAUAGUGGUUUUCUUAUUUCUGUUUACAUCUCUACUGAUUGAAGAGAAGCAUGAACUGAUAUCCUGCCGUGAUCAGCAGACUGUAAAUGAACUGUUGUCAGUUUCUCUUUUGUUCUAUGAGCCUGUUGCUUAAAUAUAUUUAACACUAAUGUUAUAAAUGGCUCAUGUAUGCUGUUGUUCGCACUGGAGGGGAUGUCGUGUCAAUAUACUGUAAAAAUCCAAACAAUGUUCCACUGUGAUGCUCAGACCAGUAGUUUAGGUCCCGCUUUAAAGACACUGGUAACGGUUCUGUUUGUGUAGGAUGACUCUCACAGCUCUGUCUUUGGUGAGUGAAGCGGCUUGGACGCUCAGAGCACCUCAGAGAUCUCCUGAGUCUGAAAUUGAAAUAAUACUGUCAUUUAUAUAUUACCAAAUAUUUUAAUUUAAUCCGGUUUGUUGCUCUUUGUCUCUUUAGAGUGGGGGUCACGCCACCAUGUUGUGUGUUUCAUAUAUGUGUGGACACAAAUUUUCAGUUCAGGUUUUCUUUGUUCCUUCGCUGCAAUCCGGUUUUCUUUUGUUUGAGAACAGUGUAAUUUAUUUUGAGGCAAAUCUUUCAUUCUUUAGGCGUGUUUUUCUGUCUUUCAGAACACACGAACAGGUUGUGGUUGUGUCUGUUUCCUUUGAUUCUCCUUUGAACACCUUGAAGAAACACUUGAAAGCCAAAACUCUUUUCUGUCCCUGUCUUAUCUACUGCAUGUUCUUCUUUACACAAUGUCGAAUCAUGCCAUUGUGUGAAUGUGUGUGUGUAUGAUAAUAUGUGUAUAUAUACACCAAACCCAAAUAUAUAGUGAAAAAAAAAUCACAAAUAAAUCAGAUUUAUACUUAA